AGGAAAUGGUGGAAGACUUCUUGGAGAGAUUUGCUUUGCCAAUAUCUUAUUUAGUUCAUACAUCAAGGGUAACAACUUUUAACUAUUAUUUAGUUCGUCAGCCAACAUGAUCGUGGUCUCCGAAUCCAUUUUUAGACAUUUUUCUGUGACGAAUCCAUUUUUAGACUUUUUUCUUUUACCUGCCCGCCUCCUACUUCAUGUUCAUUAGCCUUCCUUGUUACGACUCACUUUUACAGUAUUUUUUGUAUUGCUACAAGAAGAACCUGUAGUACAAAUAUCAGAAGUUGUUCAAUUAUAAUAGCAUAGCAAGAUGUUGUCCAACAGCACGACCACUUCUGCAGCAAAACGUCAACGUCCCGAAGGGGAAGCCGCUGGUGGUGAAAAACGUCGUCGACUCGAGAAGUCUGCUUCCGAGAAGGCGGCCUUGGCGGAACUCAUAGAAAUUCAAGCUGAAAUACAAGCACUAGAGGAACGAGCAGCAACUGAGCAGAUUACCGCACAACAAAAUUAAGGCAUCAUUGCCAGUAUUCGUUACAGUUAUUGUUAUCGUGGUUCCUUCUUAGAGUUUGAAAAUAAAAUUUCCUACCUUCCACUAGAUAAACAGACCACCCUAUAAUUCCUUAUGCUGGUGUUCCCCACACGACCAGUGAAUCCCCACUAUCUCUCCUACCUGUAUCUCUCCUCCGCUCUAUCCUAUCUAUUUUUCCAACCAUUAUAUCAUGAUGUUCUCCUUCUCCCUCUAAUAUCAAGCAGAAGAUGGUAUGAAGGUUUAUUUGUUGCAGAGGAGUUUGGCGCUGCGUCAAGUGCCACAGUUCUGGCGGAUCGUAUUUCAAGCUCUUAAAUGGGUCUUUUUAGACGAUCAGAAGGAGAAGGCAGGUGGCUGUACUAGUACAUUUUCGACCACAACAUCGGGAGAAGCAACAAGAAGCACAACAAGUAGAACAUCUGCUUCACCGUUACCGGCAAAAUUCCGUUCUCCCAGAAGAGCAGGAGCUUCUACCCGGCUGUUUGAAGCUGCUGGUGCGGUCGUGGCUGCAAGUUCUAUAACAACUUCUUCUUCUACUAAUGGUAGUGCGCUACUAGCUGGUGGCAGUACUAGUUGUACCACCAGUCGGAGUAGUUCAUCUUCCUCAAGCACAGCACGACAAGAACUAGCAGCUUCUGUCGUGCAACUUUCUCAUGGUGUGACGCAACUGCAGACAUUGCUGCCUUCUUUCCUGCGGACAGCACGAUCUAGAGAAGCUUUUAGAAGGUGCGUCUUCUUCUCUCCUGACGAAGUCGAACUUUUGUCGUCUUUGCGAGAGGUCUACCUCCUGGAUAACGAAGACGAGAACGGAUCUCAUACCUAUCGCUUCGAAUUUUCGCCUGAUAGUAGAUUCUUUUCGGAACAACAGCAGUCUAAUCUUCCAACUAAUAGUGCUAAAAAUGAUGCUAACAAGAAGGCGACGUCGACGGGAGGUACUAGUGUUAGUAGUACAACUGCAACAAAUGAACAACUGCUCUUCAAGGCAGCAUCUUCGAAUUCGGCACCCUCAUCGUCCAUGUAUACAACUACGACUACAACGACUUCCACCUCUGUAAAUAAACCGGUAGUUGUGAUCGAGAAGCGUGUCCUCAUCGCAGAAGACCAUAAUCGUGUAGUCACUGUCACUGGUUGCAAAUGGGUCAGUAAGCCAGGUACUGCUUCUCUUAGCACUUGGCUAGAUGGAUCUGCGGAAAGUGGAAGAGUACCUGAGCAUCCCUUGGGCAAGAUUUUUAGGACGUUCGUUUGGCAAAAUCCUUUGCAAAUCUAUGAGUUGGGGUUAGCUUUGCAUGAUCGGGAAUUUUCCAUUUGAACGUCAAUAAAGUAUAAAGAUCAAAUAAAAAACCUCUGAGAAGUGCGUUUCAUCACAUUGAUGAACCUCUACCUAAAGAACUGAAAGAGCAACCUGAUACCUCCUCCACCCACCUCCAUAGAAGAUACUUGACUCAAUCAGCACGACUUGGUGUUGACUUUUGAUUCUCCUUGUACUAAGAGCACGACUAUGAGUAUGAGGACAACGACAAAUAGACGCCUGUGUACAUCACUCAGGAGGCUCUUCAGGCA